AUGGUCGGAGUACCUCACAGUAGUGGCUGUGCUACCUGCGUGAAGCGUCGCAUCAAGUGUGAUGAGAGAUUCCCUGGAUGCGCUAAAUGUGAGAAAUAUGGGAAACCAUGCCCAGGAUAUGAUAGGGGCUUCAAGUUCAUUGCUGGGAAGCCUUACCGUACCCCGAGGCAAAAAUCAAAGACAGACACUGGCUCAUCAAGCGAGGAGCGGUCAAAGACCGGGAGCCCAACCACGAGCGAUAUUUCACAGGUCGGCCCGCAGGCGGUUGUCUUGAAAGAACAACCGUGGUCUUUGACUUAUGGGGAUGUCAAUGUCAUGCAGAGCUUAGAAACUCUCAUUGACCAGUUUUCUCAGCCAGGUCCAUCCUCCCAGAAGCAUCUUGUUUCCCAGUGGUUUGGUUUCCUGCCUUCCGUCUAUGGCCACAGCCAGACACUGGAUGCUUCGAUCAAGUCAUUCGCAGCACAUCAUUUUGGAAAAGUCUUUCAAAAUGAUCAGAUGAUUGCCUAUGCUCGAGCUGCCUAUGGAGAAGCCCUGUACAGACUCCGAAAGGCUUUGAAGAACCCCUCGGAAUGUUUCUCUUCACAUGUCUUCUACUCAGUUGUAUUGCUGUGCUUGUAUGAGCUGUUUACCGAUACCGAGGAUCCAGAGUCCUGGAUGAAGCAUGCAAAAGGACUUGGCCAGUUAGUCAAGAUCAGAGGACCUGAGCGGUACCGCAAUGACCUGGAUAUUACUCUUCUGAAGGUCUCACGAGGCCUAAUUGUUAUGCACUCUAUGUUCUCUGGUGAACCUUGCUUCCUUGCAACCGAGGAGUGGCAUCAGAUGAUGCGACAGCAGCGUGUUCCUGGCAUCUCGCCCGAUUUCCACAAUUCGGUGGAGCAAUUCUUUGCGUACUUCACUUAUGCCCCGAGCCUGGUGCAUAAAUUCUACCAUCUAAAGCACAUCGACAUUUCCACGCCAGAAGCGUUACCAAUUAUAUCCGCCACACUGGAACAGGCACUCGACCUACAGAGUAAAUUAGCACCAUGGUACGAGCAAUUUUCCCGGAUUGCACCACCUCCGCUCGAUACUCUUGCUUCAACUGACGACCCCUUGUACCCGAUUAUCUUGACAUACUCUGAUAUGAACCAUGCGAGCAUCUAUUGCGGCUACUACGCCUACAUGGUUAUCAUUCAUGAAAUUUUGAAAACCUUUGGGUAUCCCGGUCCACAGGCCGCGAUGGUGAUAUACUACCGUGAUCAGAUCUGUCGAUCGGUUGAAUAUAGUAGUGUCGGUGUCCUUGGUCCGUAUCGACUAGGUUUCCCUCUACGAAUUGCCAUCGAGGUUGCAGACUCUGCGACGAGAUUGUGGAUCUUGGCUCGUCUGGAACAAUUCUCGAAAGUCUACGCUGCAUCAGAGCCUAAGAAUUACGAACCUAUUAUGCCAUGA